CCAAGGCAAGUGUUUAAAGACCAAGAAAGAUGAACAUGAAAAAGGAAAGGGGAGAAGCAGCAAAGGAAAAUUUUGAGCAUCAGUGUAUCAGUGUGCAGAAGCAAAGGAUAAAAAAUAAGACACCCAUCACACCAACCACUCUCUUUCCUUCUCUCUAUAAUGAACGAUACAGGAGAAAGAAAAGGGGAACAGAGAAGACCAUAAUCUACCUUCAAACCCUUUCUCACCACCAACAACCCCUUCCAUAGCCGGAUCUGUUGCUCAACUUUCAAGCCGAGCUCCGCCUUCACCGACCCUCUCAGCCACUAGUCAAACUCCGGCGACCACCUAGCUCAGCUGAGCUCCGCUGUCACGGGUGGCAAGCACAACAGGGAACAGGGGACCUUCGUCGUUCUACAUUGUCUCUGAUUGCAUUGUCACGAAUCAAGAAAUGGAACCCAUUGGUAGUUGCAGUGAUAGACCCCCAGAAAGUUUUUCUAUUCCUAUAGACUUGAGAGAGGAACACAUGAGACUUCCUGCAUUUUUUUAUGAAAAGAAAAAGUCUCAAAUUAAGAAUGAUGUUGAGCUUACUGAUCCCAUGGGCAACUGUGUGACAAUUGGGGUAAUGACGGGAAGUUUAGAAGGUUUUCUUUGGUAUGCUGUCCCUAAACUAGUGAAGUUUUAUGGGCUGAAAAAGAAUCAUGAUAUGGUAUGUGUUUAUGAAGGGGAAAAUCGUUUUAGAAUUGAAAUUUUUGAUGAAAACAAGAAACAUUUUCCAUAUCCAAUUCCUGUUAAACAAGAGUAUGAAGAACCACCAAAAGAGAUAGUUGAUUUGAGUUCUGACACUGAGAACGAGGUUGAAGAGUAUGAAGAACCACCAAAAGAGAUAGUUGAUUUGAGUUCUCUCACUGAGGAUGAGGUUGAGGAAGCCAAUCGUGUUCAUGUAGUUGCACAUGUUGAUAAUCAAAUUCGUUAUAGUUUUACUAAAGUUGUGACUACCUCAGUUGCCAAAGGAAGUCAGACUCUGCCCUUGCCGCGGUCUUUUAUUCGUAAAUAUCUUAGUCAUAACGAUUGGGAAAAUCUUGUGCUGAAGAAGGAGGGUGUUAAGAAACAGUAUUGUUGCAAGUUGCUCAGGAGGACGAGAAAUGGGUUCACUGAUUAUCAGCUCGGGGAAGAGUUUUAUCACUUUAUAAAAGACAACAAAGUAGCCAAAGGCGACAAGCUCCAUUUCACGGCUAAUGAGAUAAAUAAUAUUGUUUAUGUUAGGAUUGUACGCCAUAAUGGCAAUGACAACUAGGUUGAAUUCAUUUGGUGAUGGGGCUAAACGUUUAGAGAACAUCGUUUGUGUUUGUCUUUUGUUUUGUUUAUAUUUUGCUUUGUGAUAUCUUGAUGGAUUGUAACUGUUUUAUAGUGAUGGUUAAAAUUAUAUUCCUAAUUUUCAA